AUGCAGGGUAGCAGAUGAUUGUCAACUUAGCACCUUCCACUCACCGCGAUGCCAUCCAACACUCGAGACUGCCGCUCCUUCGCGAAGCAGUUGUUCCUGAAGAAGUACAAUGCGGACAUGUCGGGGGAUUGGUCCGUCGACACUGCUGCCUGCGUCAUUUCGACCCUUGGCCGCACAGGUCGAAGAGGUCACUUGCCCUCCCAAACGCGCUCGCAUCAUUCUAGCCCGACCCCGUGAACGCCUCACCAUAAGGGAUCGGCUUUCCCCUCCCAAUUCCGCCCCGCAUCCCCCAGGCUCGCUCUCGUCCUUAUAAAUGCCCUCUUCGAGCCCCCCAGAUCCUCACCCCACGCGUCCCCAAUGCUUCCCUUGCACAUUCUCGCGUUGGCGGCUGCAGUCCGUGCCGCACUCCCCAAAAACGGCGGCCUCACGGAUGAGCGCCCGAGUUACGACAGCCCGGAGGAUGCGAAGUACGCACCUGUCGAGCCGAAGCUCAAGACGCAGUGGACGGACAAGGUGACGGCGGACCCGGACAAUGUCUGGCCCGAGUACCCGCGCCCUUUGUUGAGGCGAAACGACUGGACGUCUCUCAACGGCGUUUGGGAGUUCCAGUUCGCCGAUACGAACUCCACGGACGAGGUUGAGAACCCUCCCGUGAACACGACCUUGGCACAGCGCAUCUUAGUGCCAUACUGUAUUGAGAGCGGUAUUUCUGGCAUCGCUCUCCAACCAGACACCUACGCCAGCUGGUACCGCACGACCUUCGAUGUCCCCGAAUCCUACGACCAGAACGUUACGCUGCACUUCGGUGCCGUCGAUUACGAGACCACGAUCUUCGUCAAUGGCGCCAAGGUUGGCUCCCACACCGGCGGCUACGACAAGUUUUUCUUCGACGUCACGUCCAACAUCGUGAAGGGCUCCUCCAACGAGCUCAUCGUCUACGUGUAUGAUCCUACCGAUGCGGUUGGCAACCGCCCCAUGGGCAAGCAGCGCGUCGUUCCAUCGCACAUCUUCUACACACCCUGCAGUGGUAUCUGGCAGACUGUGUCAAUUGAGGCCGUCCCGAGCACGGAGUACAUCACCAACGUCGACCUCCGUGCCUCAGCGGACGGCUCCGUAAACGCCACGAUCUCGACUUCAAACAACGGCUCUUCGACUUCGGUCGAGCUUGCCUUCAUCGACCCCGCCGAUGGCUCGAAGACAUUCUUCACGACCAACGGCACCGCGAACACCCCCUUCUCCUUCAAGGUCGACCCCGCACCCGAGGCAUGGAGCCCCGACAGUCCGACCUUGUACAACGUCACCGUCACCGUCGGCGACGACGUCGUACAGUCGUACACCGGCUUCCGCACCGUCGAGCGCACCGACAUCGACGGCGUACCUCGCUUCGUGCUCAACGGCAACCCUGUCUUCCAGUUCGGCCCCCUCGACCAGGGCUACUGGCCCGACGGCCUGCAUUCGCCGCCGUCGUACGAGGCGAUGGUCUACGACCUGCAGUACCUCAAGAACCUCGGCAUGAACUUCCUGCGCAAGCACAUCAAGGUCGAGCCAGACCUGUUCUACGCGGCGGCAGAUAGCCUGGGCUUGAUCAUCAUGCAAGAUAUGCCGGCGUUGAACAACGUCGCGCCUGCGGAUAUCAAGGACGAUGAGCAGGCCGAGUUCGAGCGCGAGCUCGACGUGAUUGUCCGGAGCCACGUCAGCUUCCCGAGCAUCCUUUCCUUCGUCAUCUACAAUGAGGGCUGGGGUCAGCGCACCAGCGCACCAGAGAUUCACCUUACCGAUCGCGUUCGUGAGCUCGUCGGCGCGCACCAGCUCAUCAACUCGAUGUCGGGGUGGAACGACUUUGCGUACCAAGCGCUUAACAUAUCGGUGGGCGACUACCAAGACAAUCACCACUACAGCAGCCCGCAAUGCGGUACGCCCUUCUACUCGACCGCUUCUGUGCCCUACGAUGGCGUCCGCAUUGGGUUCCAGGGCGAAUUUGGAGGCGUUGGCCACAAUAUCUCCAUCGACCACCUCUGGAACGACUUGGAGGCCAUCAACGCAAUCAACCAAACAUACGAAGUGGACGCGACCGUCGACGUCUGGAAUUACCGCGCCCUGCGCGUCAUCGAAGAGCUGCGCGAGCAGACCGAGCUGUUCGACUGCAACGGCGGCGUGUACACGCAGACCACCGACGUCGAGGGCGAGGUAAACGGCUUCCUGACGUACGAUCGCGCGUACAGCCGCAUCGACGAGGGGAAAUGGAAGGCUGCGAUUUCGGCGCUGUACGAGACUUUCGCGGCGAAGGUGUCAGGAACGCAGUAAUACUUGAACGACACGCAGUAAUUCCUGCACGAUAUACUAUUGAAAUAUUGACGAUUACUACGAGGGCCACCCUGAUACUACCACGGCCUAGAGGAAAAGGCCGUUGUCAAUGACAGCCGUUUUUGGAAGGUG